AUGAGCCACAACCAACCUCUAACGCUCCCUAACCUCAUUUUUCAAAUUGUGUAAUAUUUUGGUAUAUUUUAGUGUAAUGGCAGCAUUAAAAAGGGUCCAGCAAUGGGCUACAUUUGCAAGGGUUUGGCAUAUAUUCGAUGCUUCCUGGCAAAACCCCUUCGAAUCGGCGCAGGUUCUUAAGAAAUAUUUAAUGGGGCUUUACAAACCCAUUUACCAUCCGAUGAACGAGUGCGGUGACCACGUAAUUGUGAUUAACAGUGCAGAUAUAGCAUUGCCAGGUGAUGAGUGGGUUAAGAGAGUGUAUUUUCAUCAUACGGGUUACCCUGGAGGUGCCAGUUGGACUUUAGCUUGGGAUUUACAUAAAAAAGACCCCACUUUGGUGUUAAAAAAGGCAGUUUAUAACAGCAUGGAUGGGAAUUUACAAAGACGUUAUACAAUGGAGAGGCUACACAUUUUCCCCGACUCUAAAGUCCCAGGUGCUUUAAUGAAAAAUGUUUCAAACCAAAUCAGACAAAUACGUCCAAUGCCGAAACGACUUGACGAGUACACUGAGAAGGAAGUCAAAGAAUUCCCUAAAAUUAUAGAUUUACCGAAAGAUUACAUUCUUAGAUAAGGCAUUUAUUUAACAGUUGGCAUUAUGUACAUUUAUACAAGAUGCAAGUCUUUGCGUGCAGUAUACGAAACGACAUGCAUCAUAGUGUGACAGUUUGAAUAAUAAUUCGUAAUCGCUUGUU